CCCCCACCCCCCACCCCGGUCUCUGUCACAGCUCCAGGGUUUUCCUCGCCGGGUUCUCUGUGGUGUUCUGGGAAAAGCUCCAUACCUCGCCUCGGGGCCUCGGACCUUCAUGCGUCUCCCAGCGGCAGAGUCCACCCACCACACCUCCACCCACCACACCACCACCACCUCCUCCACCUCCACCACCAUGAGCUGUGAGCGGGAGUUUGGAGACGGGGCCAUGGGAGUCACGCUCACACUGCGCCUCCUCAUGCACGGAAAGGAAGUCGGAAGCAUCAUCGGCAAGAAAGGAGAAACAGUGAAGAGAAUACGAGAGGAGAGCAGCGCGAGGAUCAACAUCUCAGAGGGCUCCUGCCCGGAGAGGAUCAUCACCAUCACGGGGCCGACGGACUGUGUGUUCAGAGCCUUCACCAUGAUCACGUUCAAACUGGAGGAGGACCUGACGGCCUUGGUGGCUAACGGCACGGUGACCAGCAAGCCUCCAGUCACCCUGCGGUUGGUGAUCCCGGCGAGCCAGUGCGGCUCCCUCAUCGGGAAAGGCGGGUCCAAGAUCAAGGAGAUCAGAGAGACGACAGGUGCCCAGGUGCAGGUGGCAGGUGACCUCCUCCCCAACUCCACAGAGAGAGAGGUGACGAUAUCAGGAAGCCAGGACGCCAUCAUCCAGUGUGUUAAACUCAUCUGCACUGUAAUCCUAGAGUCGCCGCCGAAAGGAGCAACUAUUCCGUACCGACCGAGCCCGACCCCGGGAACUGUGCUGCUGGCAGGAAACCAGGUGUUCGAGGCGUCAGACUUUGGCUCUCACCCCCUGUUCUCAGUGGCACAGGGAGGAGUGGACCUGCAGCAAUCGUACGCAGUUCAGAGCCACUACGGCAUUCCACACUCAGAGCUGGCGAAGCUCCACCAGUUGUCGAUGCAGCAGCAGGGCCUCGCUCCCAUCAGCCAGUCAGCUACACAAGUCCUGCCUGGAGCGGUGGAGGCCAAUUCUCAAACCACGUCUCAGGAGCUCCUCAUUCCAAACGAC